AUGGCGAGGGCGGCCGGAGCCGAGCGCGGGGGUGGAGUUGGGGUGAGAGCCUCGUGUCUCUUUGCAGGGCCACGAUGGGCCUCCUGGAAUAUCGGGGUGUUCAUCUGCAUCCGCUGUGCUGGGAUCCACAGGAACCUGGGAGUUCACAUAUCCAGGGUCAAAUCUGUCAACCUCGACCAGUGGACACAGGAGCAGAUCCAGUGUGUGCAGGAGAUGGGAAAUGGCAAAGCAAACCGGCUCUACGAAGCCUUCCUGCCCGAGAACUUCAGGAGACCUCAGACAGACCAAGCCGUGGAGAGUUUCAUCCGGGAUAAAUACGAGAAGAAGAAAUACAUGGACAGGAGCAUCGACAUCAGUGCAUUCAGGAAAGAAAAGGAUGACAAAUGGAAAAGGAGCAACGAGCCCCUGUCGGAAAGAAAACUGGAACCCAUCAUCUUUGAGAAGGUGAAAAUGCCUCAAAAGAAAGAAGAAAUGCAGCAGUCUAGAAAAAGUUCUCCUAAAUCUGAGCCAGUAAUGGACUUGCUGGGACUUGAUGCUCCCGUGACAACCCCCGUCACCAACGGCAGGCCCAGCAGCCUGGAGAAGGACCUGGACCUCUUUGCAUCAGUGGGAUCAAGCUCAGACUCCAGGAGGGUCCUUGGCUCGAUGCCAACCUCUGGGAGCGCCGGUUCUGUUCCCGAAAACCUGAACCUCUUCCCUGAGCCCGGAGGCAAAGGGGAGGAAGUGGGGAAGAAGCAGCUCUCCAAGGACUCCAUCCUGUCCCUGUAUGGCUCCCAGACCCCCCAGCUGCCUGCCCAAGGUACCUCAGGGCCGAGCUGCUCGUGGGCAACACUGGUUUGGGGUGGGUGGGGUGUCCUGGCAGCUGACAGGGAUGUGGGAAUGUGGGUGGUCCUUGAGAAUCCCACAAUGGUUUGGGUGGGAAGGGAUCUUAAAGCUCGUCCAGCCCCACCCCUAGCACUGAGGGUGACCCAGCAGAUGGCUGGGAUGAACUUCUAUGGAGCCAACGGGAUGAUGGGCUAUGGACAGUCCAUGGGAGGAGGAGGAGCCCAGGGCAGCAAUCAGUCCCUCAGCUCCCCGAUGUGGAAAUGAGCCCUCGCGUUGUGACCAUUUUUGCCUUCUGUUCUGUUCUUCAAACCUGCUCUCCAUGAGACAUUCAGGGUUUUUCCUUUUUGGGGCUGCCCAGCCCCGGACCCUUCCACCCCCCCAGAGCCCCAUCUCUGCCUUCUCACUGUCACACAGGGUGACACCUCCUCGGUGACCAGCCCAUGAGCUCCCCGUCCCCAGCACAGUCAAUGCACAGUCAGGGGGGAUCCCCCUCCUUGCACAAACCUCCUCUGGGUAGCACUUGAUGUCCUGCUGGGCAAAGGUGGGACUGAGGAAUCUCUCCUUUGUUCUGCCUGCUAAAGCCAGGCCUUGUCACUUCAAACUCCAGUGUUAGUAGGUUUGGGGUCAGUUAGAGGGGUGGGAAACCUCGUUUGGUGCUGAGGAACUGGAUUUCCCCCGAGCCCAGGGGCAAGCAAGCCUUGCUACCUCCUCCCUUGAGCGAGUUCUCAGCUCUCUGACCCUCAUUGGAACCAAAGUCCUUGGGAAGCCCCCCCUCCCUCCCCCCCUGAGCAAGCAGGAUUCUCGCCCGGUGUGGGGGCAAAGCCGAUGGAAUGUGAAACUUGCACUUCAGAGUGGCUUUUUCUGUCUGAUUGUUGGCAUUUGAUGUAUUUAAACUUUUAACAAUCUUAACUGAGAGUUAACUUAUCCGGGGCUCAGAGCCCACUUCGAGUUUUCUUACACUUUUAAAAAUGACUAUGACAUCCUAAUUUAUACUUUUUUCAUAUAUUUUUUUGUUUUGUUUUUUGUUUUCUUUUUGGUUGUUGUUGUUUUUUCCUGUGUAAUCCUGGUCCCCUUUCCUGGCUCGCUUUUUGGACAUUUUGAAUCUUAGGCAGGUUUUCUUUUCUCAUCUCCAGUAGAACACACAAACUGCUUCAAAGUCAUCAGCCCUGAGCAAGAGGUCAGACUGUGGUCUGCUUUCUCCUGUGGAUAUGUAAAUUCCCAAAUAAAACAUUGCAGUGAAAUCUC